AUGCUUUCAUCUGGUUCGGCCGCAAUCGGCGUCAGUGCACUGGCUUCGACCGCCUACGGCAACGAGCGCACCGAGGUGGCAGAGUACGCCAACGAGGGGGGAUUUUUUCAUGCGGACUACAAAAAGCACGAUGAUCUGAAACAAAUGCUCGACAGCAACAAGGACAGCUUGAAGCUGGAGGCGAUGAAACGCAUCAUCGGGAUGGUUGCGAAGGGCCGUGACGCGUCGGACCUCUUUCCGGCGGUCGUCAAGAAUGUGGUGUCGAAAAACAUCGAGGUGAAAAAGCUGGUUUAUGUGUACCUGGUGCGGUACGCCGAGGAACAGCAGGACCUGGCGCUGUUGUCGAUCUCCACCUUCCAGCGGGCACUCAAGGAUCCGAAUCAGCUCAUUCGGGCCAGUGCGUUGCGCGUGCUGUCUAGUAUACGCGUGAUCGUGAUCGUGCCGAUCGUGAUGCUGGCCAUCCGUGACUCGGCGUCCGACAUGAGCCCGUACGUGCGGAAGACGGCGGCGCACGCCAUCCCGAAACUGUACCACCUAGACCCGGACCAGAAGGAGGAACUGAUGGUGGUGAUCGAGAAGCUGCUGGCCGAUAGAACGACCUUGGUGGUCGGCUCGGCGGUGAUGGCAUUCGAGGAGGUGUGCCCGGAGCGAACGGAGCUAAUUCACAAGAACUACCGCAAGCUCUGCAAUCUGCUUGCCGACGUUGACGAGUGGGGCCAAGUGCUGAUCAUCAACAUGCUGACACGCUACGCCCGAACGCAGUUUUUGGAUCCGAAUGCAGACGAUCAGUGCGAUUACGAGGAGGAAGAGAACAAGCCGUUCUACGAGGACGAUUCAAAUUCGGAUGCUUCCGAAGGGGCCAAAAAGGGAAAGGGUGCCAGCUCGGACGGAUCGCCCCGCAAAACGUACACCCUCGACGUGGACCAUCGUAUGUUGUUGCGGCAAACGAAACCACUGCUCCAGAGUCGCAAUGCGUCCGUGGUGAUGGCCGUGGCACAGCUUUAUCAUCACGUCGCACCCCGCAACGAGGUAGAGAUCGUUGCCAAGGCGCUGAUCCGCUUGCUGCGAAGCUACAAGGAAGUGCAGAGUGUCGUGCUGACGUGCAUCGCUUCGAUGUCGAUCGAGCGGAAGUCGAUCUUCGAGCCGUUUCUGAAGUCGUUUUUUGUGCGCACCAGCGACCAGACGCACAUUAAGCUGCUGAAGCUGGAAAUUAUGACGAAUUUGGCGACCGCCACCAGCAUUUCGGUGAUACUGCGCGAGUUUCAGACGUACAUCAGCAGCAACGACAAGGAGUUUGUGGCGUCCACGAUACAGGCCAUUGGCCGGUGUGCGGUGUCCAUCUCGGACGUUACGGACACCUGCCUUAGUGGUUUGGUGCACCUUUUGUCGAACAAGGACGAGUACGUCGUGGCGGAGAGUGUGGUCGUGAUCAAGAAGCUGCUACAGACGCAGAAGGAAGAACACUUUGAGAUUAUUUCGCAGAUGGCAAAGCUGCUCGAUUUCAUUCAGGUUCCGGCCGCGCGCGCUUCGAUUCUGUGGCUUAUCGGUGAAUACAACGAAAAAGUGCCGAAGAUCGCACCGGAUGUGCUGCGAAAGCUCGUUAAAACGUUCAUCGAUGAGCAAGACAUCGUGAAGCUGCAAGUGCUAAACCUGGCCGUCAAGUUGCACCUUACCAAUCCCUCUCAAACCGCUCUGCUCUGUCAGCAUCUUCACAAUCUCGCGCGCUACGAUCCCAACUACGACAUACGCGAUCGUGCCCGAUUCCUGAAGCCGUUCCUCGUGACGAACGGCCAAUCGAGCCAAUCGAUACUGCAGGCUGCGGGGCGGAAGAUUUUCCUUGCCGAAAAACCGGCUCCAACGUUGGAGAGCAAAUACCACGGCCGACGUCACUAUCAGCUGGGUUCGUUGUCGCAUUACCUGAACAUGCCCACGACCGGUUACCAGGAUUUACCUGCGUGGCCGAAGGAAGCACCGGACAGCACGGUGAGACACGUUGAGCCACCGAGCACGGGAGGUGACUAUCUCUCAUCGGGUGGCCGUGGAGGACGAGCCGGCACUGGUAACGCGACAUCCGGGGCAGUCGGUGAACGGCGGAAGAAGAAAUCGAAAUCUUUCUACUCCGGCUCGGAGGAAGGAAGUAGCACCACCACCGAAGGUGCCUCCACACCUGGUUCGUCGUCUUCCUCCGGUUCGGGAUCCGGAUCAUCUACGUCCUCGGGUUCGGGCUCAUCGAGUGGCUCCGGUACCAGCAGUGGUAGCGAGGGCAGUGGAAGUGGCGAAUCUGCCUCGGCCAGCGAAGACGAACGUGCGGAAGCUGGGGCAGCUCGCGCAAAGCACUCGCACGCGAAAACAAAGCACCGAAGCUCCACCGAGCCACGGUUCGCUCAGAACGCUUAUAACGAAGUCGAAGGCACUAGCCAAUCGAAACAGGAAAGCUCCACGGAGGACAGCGAAAGCGAUAGCAGCGACAGCGACGAGUCGUCGUCUUCCGGUUCAUCCACUUCGGAAUCGUCUUCCGCUAAGAAAACUCCGUCCAAAGCUCCGGCUAAGCAACAACCGGUACAGAAGGGUACGAAAUCGAAGCAAAAGUCAACGACAACGGCACCACCGGCUAAGAGCAAUCUGGAUCUACUGCUCGAUCUCGACGACAUUCCUCCGAUCGGACCCGUGAUGACACCUUCGCUGGGCGGCUUUCUCACGCCAAUGGCUGCGGCCGGCUUGGUGCCGGCGGCAGGUAGCUCCGGACCGGGCAUCGAACUGGUCGGACCGAGCUUCAUUUCCAGCAAGAAGCACGAGUUGCUGAACAAAGUGAAUGGGUUUGGGCUCGGCCUCGAGUAUCGGUUCGUUCGGUCACCCCAUCUGUACUCGUCGCGCAUGGUUUCGGUGGAGCUGACCUUCACGAACUACGGCAACGUUGAGCUGCUGGACAUUGAGGUGGGCAACAAAGCGAACCUUCCGGCCGGAGUGGCCGUGAAUGACUUCGCCCCAAUUAGCCAGCUCAAUCCGGGACAAUCGGUAGUGGGAAUGUUGGGUGUUGAUUUUAACGAUUCCACUCAGCCGGUCCCGUUCGAGAUACGGUCGGGGAGCGGCACGAGCCCGGUAACGAUGAAGGCCCCGAUCGGUGAGAUGGUACGAUCGGUGGCGCUCAGCGGGGCUACUUUCGAUGCCGAGCGAAACAAACUGCGUGGUAUGACCGAACACUGCUGUACCGUGCAGUUGCCCCCGAGGUUAUCGCCAGUGGACAAAACUCUACACCGGGCAGUGUUUGAGGUGUGCAAUGUUGCGAGUGUUGCGGUGGGUGGAACCAAUGCUGACGACCCGGCUUGCCAGCGGUGUCUUUUUGCCGGUCAAACGAUGAGCUCGAAAAGUUUGGUGCUGAUUGUGCUGGAGCCAAAAGGAGCGCCCGAAACGGCAGAAUGUACGCUCACGGUCAACUGUGAAAAGCUGGUUGUUGGGUCAAUGCUGCUGAACGAGCUUAAAGCAGUGCUGAAGAAAUAGGAUAGACCACAGAACUGCCGGAACAUGCAAUCGCAUUAAUUAUUAUUGCUAUCCCUGUUAGAACGUAACGACUCGCUUGCAGUUGGCAGAUUUUAUGAAUGUUAGAAUGCAACGUUUCUUGAAAUUGAAAGAAAUUCACUUUGCGACGCUUCGGUAGGCAAAAUACUCAAUCAAAAGCAUUCCGCCUCACUCUGCAAAGUAUAGAGCUCUGCAAUGCGCCAA